AUGAUGAACUCUGACAAUAAACCUCAAGUGACACACGAACAUCAUCAUUUCUAUCAUGGAGGGAAGAAGGUCGCCUCUACCAGUGUAAGAUUAUCGGAAGAGGGCAGCAUUGAGGAUGUUCGUGUGAUGGAUCAUCAUGGUCCAAGGCUUGUCUCUUUUUGGAAUAACGGAACGAAAAGCUCCACUUUGGAGAAUGGGGAAGCCAACAAGCAGCAAUACACGACUCCUCCCAUGUACAGCGAACGACUUACAAAAUUGAAAUCAAAAUUGUCGGCAGUAUCUUCAUCGCUGGAUGGAAAGAACGGUCCUCUCACCAAGGAAGAAGAUAAACUCAAGAAAAAGAUCAAGCAGCAAAAAAAGGAGAUUGAAUUGUUGACCCGCGAAGUCAGAGAGCUGCAAUCGACCGCUUCAAAAACCAUUUCUUCAUCAUCGUCAUCACCAAUACAAUUACCUUCUUCGUCAUCUCCUUUCAAAGAGAGCUCGGACGAUUCAAUCUCUGAUGAUUAUCUUGCAUACACUAUCAAAAGAUAUUUAAAUGUUUUGAAACAAGGUUCCUAUGGAAGCACCUACUCUGAACAAAAGAACUUUCUUGAUACUAUUACGUAUGUUGAAGGAAAGGUAGACCGAUUAAUAUCCGAAAAGAAUAGUCAAAUCGAAAAACACAUUUCCGACAAAAUCGAUGCUGAAAGAAAGACGAAAAUUCUGGAAAGCGAGCGUGAUUUUAAUCGAAGGGAGCUCGCCCAAAGAGAAAAAGAAUUAGAAAAUUGCACAAAAGAAAAGGAACGGCUAGGAAAAGCUUUGAAAAUUGCCGAAGACGAUGUGGUGCGACUUCAAAAAACUCUUGAACAAUUUUCAAAGUCUAGAGAAGAAGACACCGAGCUCACACAAAAGAUGGUCGAUAAAUUAUUGGAAAAAGAGCGAGGAAGAAUUCGAAAAAAGAUGUCUGAAGAAUACCAAAAAGAGAUCGAUGAGUUGAAAACCAAAAUUUUAGAUCUAGGAGAACAAAUACACUGUUUAAAACAAACACAAGAGUUAAGAGAUAGAGAAAUUUUAGAAUCUAGAGAAGAAUCGAACAUGUUACGAAUGAAAUGCUCAAAGCUUACUACCUUUUCAGAAAAGAUUCAACAAAUUUGCAAAAAUCAAAAGAAUUAUCUUGAGGAGCUUGAUAAACUUCUUGGUUCAUGUAAAGACAAGAUACCCUCCUUGGAAGAUUUAGCAAAAGGAGCUCAACUCUAUUCCAGAUUAAGCAAGGGUUAUGAUGAUCUUGAACUUGCUUCCACUGUUGAAGAUGCCGGUUGUGUUUCUUUCAACUCAGAUUUUGAUAAGAUUACACAGUUACUAAAGGCUUCCAUCGAAAGGGAACGAAAGUUGGAAGAUAAUUUAACUUAUACAAUGAAUUUGAAUCAAGUCAUGAAUAGGGAGCUUGAAACCUGUAAAAAGAGUUUGACCGAAAUGGAAGAGUCGAUUUCAUCGAGUGCUUACUUGGAGAAGAGUAGUCUCUAUCAAAAGAAAAUACAAGCUGCUGCAUCUAAUGUUACUACAUCCUUCAAGGUCAAGUCAAUCAUCGAAAUAUGCGAAGAAUUUGCAAAGGCAAACUCUAGUCUUCGAGAAAAAGUGAAAACUACUCAAGCAAACAAUGAGCUUCUUUCGCAAGAGCUUUCUCAGCUCCAUAAAUCCAAAUUGGAGACUGUGUCUUCACAGAAACAAUACUACAAGGAGAAAGAACAACUCGUUCAGGAUCUGGAAGAAUUCAAACAAAAAGAAAGAGAGCUCGUAAAAAAGCUUCAAGCCGAUUCAGAAAACUUCUCAAAGAUAAUACACGAAAAACAAUCAGUCAUUGAAAAGUACAAGGAAAUUAUUGAAAACAAGGGUGUGAACAUUUCCUCACUCGAAGAGACAUGCAAAAACACAAAGAAAGAAUUGGAACAAAAGAUUGAAGAUUUAGAAAAGAUUUUGAAAGAGAAAAAAGAUUUAGAACAGCUUUACCACAAAACUUUACAUGAAUUGGAGGAAGCCAAGGAAGAAAAUGCUAGUAACGAAAUUUUGAUUGCACAAAUCAAGAAUCAAAAUGAGAGACUGACUGCUCUUAACAAUGACUAUUCGACCAAAGCUGAAGAAUUGGAAAUGCAAAUUGAUGUCGAAAAAGAAAAAGUGACAAAACUUGAAUCACAACUGAAAGAUCUCCAACUUGUCGUCUCUACCAAGGAAACGGAAAUUGAAAGGAAUAAGACAAACCUGGUAUCUCUUGAAAAAUCCAAACAAUUGCUAGAAAAAGAGCUGGAACAGUUGAGAAACCAAUCGCAAGACACUGAAUAUAAAGUGAAGGACAGCGAAAGAUCGAUUACCGAUAAGCAACGGCAAAUCUCUGAUCUCUAUUCACAAAUUGAGGAAAAAGAUCAAGAAAUAAUGAACUUAAAAUCCAAUCUGAAGGACCAAAAGAAAAACCUCUUUGAGAAGGAACAGCUUUUUGAAGAAAUGAAAAUCUCAUACCAAGAAGCUAAGAGAUCUAUCGAAAAGAAGGAAACGGAAAUAAUGAACUUGCGACUGGAAAUUGAGCAACUCAAGAGUGGUCAAGAGUCGCUUAAAUCCAAAUGCUCUCAGUUUGGAAAAACAAAUUCUGAACUUGACGAACUUGUUGAAGAUUUGAGAAAGAAGGUCAAACAAACGGAAGAUAAAUGGGAAGCAAAGCUUUCGGAAAUUAAGGAAAAUCAUCACAAACAAUUGUUAGAAAUCAAGUCAAGAUAUGAAAUGGACAAAACAAGUCACAUUUCAGAGCUGGAAGGAAAACUUGAACAAAAAGAAAUGGAAAUUGAAGAAUUACAGUUACAAGUGUCACGCUUGAACAAACAGAAAGAUGAAAAGAUGAUCGACAAAGAUCUCGAAAAUGAAAGACUCUCAAAACAACUUGAAGAAGUUAAAGAAAAGCUGAGGACAAAAGAACGCGACCUUUCUGACAUUACAAAGAAUUAUAAGAAAAUUGAAAAGGAAUAUUUAAUGAUCAUGCAGGAUUUACAAGAAAGCCGAGAAAGUAUUACACAAAGUAUUCAAGAAAAAGAAAGAGAAUUGCAAGAAAAGAGUAGAUCAAAAUUAUCAGAGUUGAAUUCCAGCUAUGCAUCAUUGCAAAACAAACUUAAUCUUACUCAAAAUGAGCUUGAUGCAAUAACUCUGGACUUUGAACAGAAAACUCAAGAAUAUGAACAAACAAUUCUCGAUCUUCAAGGAAAGUUGGCAAAGGAGAGAAAAGAGAGAAGUCUGAUCGCAAGUAACAAGUCCGUCAUUGAACAGAAGGACAAACAAAUUGCAGAAUUGCAAAACGAGAAGAUGCAACUCGCUAAAGGUUUGAAAUUCUUAAAUGACAAUGUUUCUGUUUUACAGGAUGAGCUGCGACGAUUGAAGAAACAAGUUCUCUUGUACCAAACCAGCAUGAAAAAAGAAGUUGAACGAGGUAUCACCCAGAUGGAAGAUCAAAUUGAACUCUUUGUCGCUAAGAAAGAAGAAGAACAUCAAACACAAAUUGAUUAUUUCAACAGAUCUCUCGAAAUGUAUAAGGAAAGAACUGCCAAGUUAGAAAAUGAGAAAAAACGUAGCUUGCAAAAUAUGUCAGCACAUCUUGAUUUGGUUCAACAUUUGGGUAGGUCUGUAGAACAGGAGGAAGACAGCUCACUUUUAUCAGGAAUUCCAAUUACAGAUGAUGAGGAUGACGAAGAAAUUUAA